AUGGCCGCGCUCGGUUCUUCCAUUACCUCCAGAGGCUCGGCACUUCGUACCUCUGUGGUUUUUCAUCGUCACCACGGGAAUCCAGUGAUCUCCGCAUCUUCUCGUCACCAACAGAAGCUUACUGGGUUAAGGAUGAAUUCUUCAGGCAUGAACAAUGCCUUCCCUAUCAGAGGAACUACACGAAUUCCUGCAGUUGGUCCUGGCCCUGCAAAUCCGUCAGGAGGAAACCUGCCAAUACCCAGCAUGCCUCCAUGGGCCAAGUGGUUGGUUGGUGCCGUCAUAGUUGCAAUACCAAUCUACAGGAGGUUCAGAACAUUAGAAGACAAGAUAGAGAAGACGGCAGAGGUGGCAAUCGAGGUGAUCGACACGGUGGCGGAGGCGACGGAGAAGAUCGCCGGCGAGGUCGCUGACGCAUUCCCCGGCAACGAAAAUCUCAAGGAAGCAGCCUCGAGGAUUAAGACGGUCACGGAUGCGAUCGAGGAAGAUGCCGAGAAAGCCGAGGCCCUAAUCGAGAAGGUUGACGAGAUAAAGAAACAAGUUGAUUCAAUUGUUGAUCCUAUAAUCGACAAGGUUGUGAAGGAUAAAGAAGCAUAG